CAGAAAACAGAAUGGAGCCGACCAUUUUCCAGCCAAAGAUAAUUUUUGUGUCUUUCAGUCUCCUCUCUCUCUCAUUCAUUUUCAUCAUCCACUUCGCUGCGUCCGCUCCUUCCUUCCUCUUCCCACCUUUUUUCCUCCAUAAAGCUCCAUUCAGCUCCUCUUCUCCCUCCUCGAGGCCUCUUCCUCUGCUCACGAUUUCCAGUGUUUAAUCUUUGUUCAAUUUAUUGAGACAUUUGUCUCCCACCGAGGAGCUCCUAGAUCGACGAUCUUUGUGUUUUCAGCGGAUCUGUUGUUUUGGAUUUGAUCGGGGAUCGAGUUCUUGGCUUAGCUGCUCAUGUUCCGACAGCUUUCGGAUCGGUAUUCGUUUGGUUGCUGGGAGAAGGAAAAAAGAAAGGAAAAGAAAAGAAAAAAUGCGUUCAUGAAUCUUGUAGCAAACCAAGACAGAUUUCUCAAAAAGAGAAUCCAGAAGGAGAUAGAGAACCGUCAGAUCUAGGGCUUGAUUAGCAAUGUCUUUCAUUGGCACACAACAGAAGUGCAAGGCCUGUACUAAGACAGUGUAUCCCGUGGAAUUGUUAUCUGCCGAUGGAGUGUCUUAUCACAAAUCAUGCUUCAGGUGCAGUCACUGCAAAGGAACGCUCAAGCUAAGCAAUUAUUCCUCAAUGGAAGGUGUUCUGUAUUGUAAGCCUCACUUUGAGCAGCUAUUCAGGGAGACCGGUAGUUUCAACAAGAACUUUCUAUCACCUGCAAAGUCAGCUGAGAAGUUGAGUCCACAACUGACAAGGUCACCUAGCAAAGCUGCUAGCAUGUUUUCUGGGACGCAAGAAAAAUGUGCUACUUGUGGGAAAACAGCUUAUCCGCUGGAGAAGGUAACAGUUGAGAGCCAAGCCUAUCACAAGUCAUGUUUCAAGUGCUCUCAUGGUGGCUGCCCUAUAACCCCAUCAAACUAUGCAGCUCUGGAGGGCACUUUGUAUUGCAAGCACCAUUUCUCACAGCUUUUCAAAGAGAAAGGAAGCUACAACCAUCUUAUCAAGUCAGCAUCAAUGAAGCGGGCAGCGGCCUCAGUUCCUGACGUCUGAAAUGCUAUGUAUCUUUGUUUAUCAUUUAAUUAUAUGGCUUUGUUUCUACUUGAGUGUGUUUCCUUCUAUUGUCAUUGGGCUCCAUGUCGUCCAUAUUGCUAAAUGGGCAGAACUUGGUCCCUUGCUUUGUUUUUCCCCUUUUUUCACUAAUUCAUGUUCUCAUAUUAUUGUGUUUGAUACAUGGAAUGCUACUGCCCAUAGUUGUAAAAUGGCUGUGAGCAGUUCAGGACAUUAUUUGCAAAGUAACUGUUAUUAGCUUCUUUUU